UUAGUCCAUGUGUGAUCGACGGACGUCUUAGUACUGAAUUAAUUGCUUUGACAAAAAUGUUCACUUUACUGCUUCUACUUUUCUCUUCUUGUUUAAACAAAGCGAGCUUCCAUUCACCGAGGAUGGUGUUCAAAUACAAAGAGGCUCCAGUGAAAAGGUUUCCAUUGAGUGAACAAAAUUUGCCAGUUCAGAUUCUCUCGGGAGAAUGGCCGGCUGAUGUUACAUCUGUUGAAAAGAACAACCUGACUUUCUACAACUUCAGUAACACCGAGCAGGAUCCUGAAGCCAUGACGAUCCAGUGGAAAGAUUGCCCCGGAGAAGACUGCAAAAUUGCAAUGGUUCAUCAGAGGGAAGCAGGAAAGCCGCUGUUUGUUUGUACCACCAAACGCAGGACAACGGAUUGCUGUGACCUGGAUUCAUCAGGGUCACCCACAUGUGGUAAAAUCCAGUAUUUUAGGGAAUUCAACAUUAAGGAGGGAGAAAAAUCUGUUCUUGAUGAAACUGAUGCAAAAACAGAUCUGUACCUUACUUCUUCUUCUGGAACUGACAAGUAUGUUGGCAUCUAUAAGUUUGGAAGUAAAAGAGUGAUCCCAGCCAAUCACGAGAACGAGCAGUACUAUUUGGGAUUGGUUCUGAGCAAAAGAGAAGAUGAGCCAUUGCAGAACAAAGUUUAUUCUUUCUAUAAGCAGAAAAACAAAGACAUAAGCCCGGGCACUAACAUGUGGCUCCCCUUUGUCAGCCAAGUUUGCACGGCUGAUAUGGGGGGUCCCAAGAACAACCUGCAGUUUAGCUGGACGUCUCUGAUGAAUGCAAGGCUCUAUUGUGGUAAUCCAGGCAACAAACAACAUUUCUUUGAGCUGGUAGAUGUGGCUACUGUAUAUUCAGACCAUUGGCAGGACACCAGAGUUUAUGCACUAUUCAGAAAUGAAUGGGGCAUGAGUGCUGUGUGCAUCUACACAAUAGGAGACAUUGAAAAAGUUUUCACCAGAUCGCCAUUUAUUGGUUCAGACAAGAACGACGAGGAGAGGAAAAAGUGUGUUCCUGACAGCACCAAGAUUUCUACUGACAUCCUCAGGAGAGUCGAAAAAGUUUCAGAGAUGAAGGAGUGGGUGAAGCCCAAGUUGGGCCCAGUUCUCUUCAACCAUCACAACUACACCCGAAUCUUAGUUGAUGCUUCCCCAGAAAAUCAACACACAGUCAUGUUUCUCUCUCUGAGUAAUGGUGCUAUUCACAAGGCAUUACAGAUGGAAAGUCAUUCAUUUGUCAUCGCUGAGUAUCAACCUUUCAACCACUCAGCCCACAUUCUCAACCUCGUCCUUAACCCCUCUACUAAAAAGCUGUAUGUGAACUCACAAACUGAGCUGGUCCAAAUUGACGUGGGAAACUGUGGCCAGUAUGGAAACAACUGUCAGGAUUGUGUUCUGUCCAGAGAUCCAUACUGUGGCUGGAAAAAGAAACAAUGCACCUCUGAGACGAGUGGUACACUUCAGGAUGUCAUCCAUGGGAACCAUAGCAUUUGCUUAGAAGAUCAAGCAUCAUCACUUCCACGCUUAGCUGAAGGCACCAAAAGUCACGUAGACAACUCAAUGAAAAAGAUCACAGUUACCUCUGAGUCCAGCUACUUUCUACGAUGUCCAGUUUCAUCCCAUUAUGCCCAGUAUACCUGGAAAACUCCUGAGGGCUCCAGUUCCUGUAACCCAAAGUAUGACGAGUGUCUUUUGCUGAUCGACAGCAUGACUUCCAAUCAUCAGGGAAUGUAUAAAUGCGAGUCUGAGGAAAUGGGCUAUCGAAAAGUCCUGGCAAAGUACGAGCUGACACCUUCAUCUGCAGGCCGGACAUUUUGUCCAACUGUCUGGAUUUUUGUUGCAGCUGUUUUGAGAAUUGUCUGGUUUUAGUUUAGAGCCUUUAACCACAUUUUUAAUCUUAAAACAAGCUCCAACAGAGCUUGAUGUCAUUGUGGUGAAACAGACUCGCCAAAGUGAAAAUAUUGUUGCAAAAAGAGAGAAAAAUAGUCAUGUAUAAAUGUGAAACAAAUUCAAAGGUCACUUUAGCACCAGCACUGUUCUCAUGUUCUCAUGAGCAAAACUGCUCAGCGCAUUUGUUAAAAGCUGAAAAAGGACUUCAGGAAGUCUUAGCAUCCUGGUAUAGGUCUCCUGAAAUAAGAAGUCCGUACUUCCUUUUUCAGUACAAAAGGAAGUGUGUUUUGGCCACAAAACACAGGUCUGAAAUGUUGAAAAAAAAAAAAAAAAAACAUUUAAUUUACAUUUACCUGCCACCUGACGUCUCCAAUGUAUCUUAGUUUCUUUAGACGGCAGACAUACAAAACUCUGAUUGGGGCUAUUAGGAGAGGGAUUGUAAACUUGCAUUAUGAAUUAAGACAAAUUUAGUGACAUGCUACAGCAGCAGAACCAGGCAGGUGCAGAAAGGCCCAACGCCUUUGUACCACAUGGGAGUGUCGAAGAGAUAUAAAUAUUUUUUUGCAAAGUGUGGUUAUUUCAGUUUGUGGGCUUUUUAAAUAUAUGAUGCUAUUUUUUUUUCAAUAAGACAUAUUUGCUGUCUGAGUGCUGUGGAUAAGGGAUGAUAUCACAAGAGACAUUUUAAAAUUGUGCUUUUGUCUGUACGAGAGAUGAUGCAAAAUUUUUGGCAGACAUGCAAGCAGCUUAUCUUUCAUCAGUCAUGUAAGCAAUAUCUGUUUGUCUUUUUUGCAUAUCUGGCACAAUAUGUCUACUGUUUAAAGAAGUAUAACAAGUUUGAGAAGUUGUCAAUCUAGUCAUACUGAUGUCAUCCAUCAUGAGAAUCAACUUCUAGAUAUGCUUAAUGUUUAUAAUGAGCCAACGCUGCAGUAUUUACUUCAAUGACUUUCAAUUAUAUUUUAAUAUCUGUAGUUAUGAUGUUUAUUCUAUCACUCUCAUUUUGUCUGUUAAAAUUAAUUUUUGUGUCUCAGUUUUGCUAUGAAUUGUUAAAAAUUCAGCCAGGAGUUUUAAAAGCAUGAUUUCAAGCAGGCAAUUGCCAUAAUAAAUUAUUAGUAUCAGUAUCAGUCAGUCACUGUGUGGUAAAGAUGACAUCCGGUUGGAAAACCUUAAUCAAACACAAUGCUCCAAACAUUGUAUUUGAUUAAUAGAAUGUUUGUUGUUGAUUUUACUGUGAAAAGAAACACCUGGGUUGGAUCGUCCGACAGCAGAAACAUCGAUUGUAGUCAGAAUAAGGCAACAUUUGACAUCAGUAUUAAAGAUCCAUUUUUGUGUUUUACAAGUGGGUUUAGUUAAUUUUAGAAUAACCUCAUUUAUAGCCUGUAGUCAGUCAUAGCAAACUCAACAUUAAAAUGAUCAUUAAUAUUGUUUUGUUUUCAUCUUUAAGCAUCUUUCAGUUACUUUUUAAUGUUUAAACAUAUUUCCAAAUAAUUGUGUAAAGUUAAUUUGAUCUUUAUUUCAUAUUGUACAAACAUGUAAAAGUUUGGUUAGUGUUACAUACCCCAUCAUCAAGAGAAAUUAUGUGUGGUAGCAUGUGGUCUUAAUAAUUCACAAACCAAUAUGUUUAUGUCACGCGUGAAAAGUAAAUAUAGGGACACAUUUGAACUUUCACUGGAACUACCUCAUUGACCAUGACCUUUGAAUUUCACCACAUUGAGCCAUUCUGUAUCGUUGAAUGUCUUUUUCUAGAGAACUGAAAUAAAAAGAGAGUCAUCAUUUCUGAAAUGUUGUUUAGAAAUACAUUUUUCAUACAUAAUGUAAGAUAGCUGGCCUAACAUUGUGUUCUUCAAAUAAUGUUUGAUUAGUUUGUCUUUAUUAUAUUAUAUAUUAUGUUAUAAUAAUUAUGACUAUAUUAUAUUAUAAUAAUUAUUGUCUUUUUUGUGUAAUAAAGUUUAUUCUUUUAAUAAAGCCAAAAAAAGACAAAACAACAUUUUUUUUAAUAUCUCAACCAUGUGAUCUUGUCUUUUCCUCUACGAUUUGAUGGGUGAUGAGGUUGACUGAAAGAAUUUGUCCUUCAUUAUUUAAUCAUUACUCUGUUGAUAAUUAUUUCUUAUGAAUCCUACUUAUUUUCUUAAUAAACAAUCUUCACAA